AUUAUGAAGAAUUUGGCUCAAAAGUUGCCUUAUUAUUCUCAUCCUCAUUCUUUCUAGUCAAAGUCGUAGUUUGUUUGGAGAAAGCAAUUGUGUGUGACUCCCACGCACACGAUUGUACUAAACACUUGCCUUAUUAAGUAAUAAUAAUCAACAUUUGAGAUAACGUUGGUGUUAUCUGAAUAGUGUGAAUUUCGUGACAUUAUUAUUCUUCCCAGUGAAAAAUUGAAUGACUCAGAGACCACUUUUUGUUGGACUAGUCCAACAUUUGGACAUAUAUUAACACCCACACGUACACACAUUGGUUUUUAACAAACCAAUGUGCAUCGUAGGAUUAUAAUACCACUUUCACUACUGUUCGCAUAUUAUUAACUCGCUCAGGUUUCGCAUUUACGCCAACAAAGGAGUAGUUGGUUCAACUUGAUCUCUUUUCCUGGCUGUGAUUGAAUAACCAUGGAUUCUGCGGGAGGAGGUGGGGACGAGAGGAGUGGUGCCUUCGAGGGGGACGAUGCCUCCGGUGGUGGUCAGCAGCAACAGCAAACUCGGUCCUUCAGCUUCAAAGUCGUCCUGCUCGGCGAGGGCUGCGUCGGCAAAACUUCCCUCGUCCUCAGAUACGUUGAAGACAAAUUCAACGAGAGGCACAUUUCCACUGUUCAGGCGUCUUUCCUUCAAAAGAAGAUAAACGUUUCUGGAAAUCGCGUGACCCAGGCAAUUUGGGACACUGCCGGUCAGGAGAAAUUUCACGCCUUGGGACCAAUUUAUUAUCGCCAUUCCAAUGGAGCAAUUCUAGUUUAUGAUAUUACAGAUAAGGAUUCGUUUGAAAAAGUGAAGAUUUGGGUGAAAGAGCUCAAGAAAAUGCUGGGGAACGAAAUUUGCCUUUGUAUAGCUGGAAAUAAAUCAGACCUGGAGAGAGAAAGGACAGUGAGCACAGAAGAAGCAGAAUCAUACGCAGCUAUGGUUGGCGCAACGCAUUUCUACACCUCAGCCAAAUUAAACCAUAAUAUUGAAGAGCUAUUCCUGCAUUUAACUGAACAAAUGAUAACUUCAAGUUUGGGAACUGAGAGGAAACAAACAGGUCGGAGGAAUGUGGUCGUAGUCGAGCAAGAACAACCCCCCUCGCCACGACCUACCAGCAAAGGUUGUUGUGGAUAAACUAAUAAAUAAACUAAUAACUAUUUAUAUAUGUACCUAUUUAAGUAUUAUAAGCGCCUCGUCACAAACUGUUAAUUUUAGUUGUCAAUAAAACCGACUACCUUAUCCACUCGCAA